ACAAAAACAUGGGAUUUCAUAAUAACUAAGAAGGUAUGUAAAUAGCUGAUAAAAGUGAUCUACGGUGAUUCUGCGCGGGAGUGCGUAAAAACCAGCGUACUAUGAUCUUGAACAGUAUUCUUACAGUAGUAUAAAUGCGAACGUCUCGUACUGCCGCCUUUAUAACUGGUGUGACUUGUUAUCAGUGCGUACCGUGUUAUUGAAGUGGUUUUAUUUUGUUUAAGUGUUCUUGAAAGUUAAUUAAAAUAAGUACCUACGAGUACCUAGGUAGUUUAAGUGUAUAGAUAUAUAGGACUGAACUGUUGUUUUUUGUUAUUUAAAUUAAUAAAUAUAAGUUUUUGUGAAUAACAAAAUGUAUUUUCUGAACGUAAUCUUACUGCUAUGCUCAGUGAGCAUGACACUCUGUCUCGUGGACAACGACCUUUACACCUCCACAAGUAGACGCGGCGGCGGCUACGGGCUGCUGAAACCUGGCUAUGAUGGCUACGGUAGCGGAGGAUACGGUGGCGGAGGAUACGGUGGCGGAGGAUACGGUGGAGGACAUGGCGGAGGAUAUGGCGGGGGAAACGGCGGAGGAUACGGCGGUUCUGGAUAUGGAGGAAACUAUCCUGGUCAAUACCAGGGUGGUUAUGGAGGCGGAUACAACGGAUAUCCGGGAGGAUAUGGCGGUUAUGGACAGGGUAGCCCAGGAUUUGGAGGAGGUUAUCGCCCCAGUUACGACCGUCCAGGCUACAACUACCCUGGGUCAUCAAGUUACCCUGGAUCCGUGGGUUACCCCGGCUCGGUCGGUUAUCCUGGCUCCAGCGGCUACCCAGGCUACAGGCCCGGUUACCAAAGACCCGGCUACGACAGACCUUACGGCAACAAUUACGGUGGAUACAGCGGUUUCGGUGACAUUAGAUCGCGGUCGUUAAACCCAAAAGUGGACGUUAAAAAGUCUUUGUAAAGUUUUUUAGGCUAAGUUCAUUGUAAGAUUUUUGUAAAAUAAGUUAAAUGGCUACUCUUUUUUGUAGAAAUAAAAUUAUUUAUGGAACGAA